AUGGCAAGAUUCGCGAUAGUUUGUGUAGCCCUCGUGGUCAUCGCCUGUGUCCAGGCAGCGCCAGGUGGAUAUAGUGGCAGCGGUGGCAGUGGUGGUGGAGGCGGAAGUGGUCAUGGCGGCGGACAAGGUGGAGGGUAUGGGAGCGGUGGUGGUGGUGGCAACGGAGGAGGCAGUGGAGGUGGCCAUGGUGGCGGACUGAGUGCAAGCCAUGGAAGCGGCGGCGGCGGAGGUGGCGGAAGCGGUGGUAGUUCGGGCGGUAAACGCGGGGGAUACUGCCGCUCAGACAGCGACGACGCCCCACCCUCCCCGCCGAGGCAGAGAGUGAACAAUCAUCGAGGACUCGGCCGAAGCCGCGCCCGCCUCACUCUCAGGGCGCCGCGCCAUGUCUCAUGUCUCAUCGUCGCGGCUUGCACGAUCACACCUGGUGUGUGGAUCUCG